ACGCGCAGCUCCGCCCGCCGCCCGCCACCGCCUCUGCCCCGGCUAUAAAGCUCCGCCCUUUGGCCGGCCCGCUCCUCCUCUCUCCGUCCGGGCCGCGCCUCUCGCCUCCUUCAUCGUCCUCGGUCCGUCCUGGCCGCGUGGUGGUCUCCGUUCCGGCAGCCAAUUCCAAAUCCACCCGCCCGCUCGCGCCCUGCUCCCUCUCCUCUCCGCCUGCGGGGCCGCGCCGCUCCCCGAGGACGCGGGCGGGGGCUCGGCCAAGUGGCGGGCGACCGGCGGCGGGGGCACCCGCGUCGUGCGCCAGCUGCGCGCGCUCGUCCUCGACUCGUGCCUCUCCUCCUCUCGCGUCCGCUGAGGCGACUCGUCCUCGGUUCUUGCCUCUUCUCGUCUCGCGUCCGGUGAGGCAAUUCGUCCUCGGUUCCUACCUCUCCUCCUCUCGCGUCUGGUUCUAUGUUGCUCGUCCUCGCUCGAAUUCGUCCGUCGUUUAGAGUAGAAGAAUCGCUUCUGAUUCGUUCGAUUCUGCUCGUCCUCAGUUCCUCUGUUCUGAACCGCGUCUGAUUCAAUUGGUUUUGCUCGUCCUCGAUUCGACUGUUUAGAUAGAAAUUGCAUCCGGUUUGACUUGCUCGUCCUCGCCGUCGUCGUCAGUUCAGAGUCGCGUGUGAUUUGAUUCUUGCUCGUCCUCGCUGUCGUCGUCAGUUCAGAGUCGCGUGUGAUUUGAUUCUUGCUCGUCCUCGCCGUCGCCCUGAUGCUCUCGCGUGUUCUUGGGGACGUCUCGUCGGGGGUCUGCGACUCUGGGAGGAAGCGAGCGGUCUGUCGGUCGGUUUGGGUCACCGUCUGGUUGCGAACUAACAAGUCCGUUUGAGAAACUUCUGUUCCUGCGUUCCGUGUUCACGGUGGAGCGAUGGUUCCUGCGUUUACUUCUGUUCCUGCGCUUCUGUUAUCUGACGAUCAUGCGUUUCGUGUUCGCGUCGGGGCGACGGUGUGCGGUUCUGGUUUCGAAAUUGGAGCAGUGUCAAAUCCGUUCCUCUGUUCCAUCACCUGCGUUGUUCGUCCUCUGUCGAUUCUUGUUCUACCGGCAGGCGUGUGUGCUCCCAUACUAGAUGCAGAGAAUCUUGUUCUUGUCUGUUACGGUUGUUCUGAUGCUGUUUUUUCCAACUUGUUUCUUGCUAUCAUGCUUUGCUUAUGUUCCAAUAUAUGAUGUUGUGUGUUCAACUUGUUUCUUGUUAUCAUGCUUUGCUUAUGUUCCAAUAUAUGAUGAUUUGUGUUCAGGGGUGCAAACGAUGUAGGCCGUGGGUACCGUGAUGUGAGGCUUCUCUCCUCCUGAUAAAUUAGGAUGAUAGGCUGAGCAGAAAAGCCUGACUCUUGUAACAAUCACUUGCUUGGUUUCCACAUCUUUGCGUGGCCGAUUUGCAUCCAAUGCAUCAUAAUCACGUUUUCCCUGUUUGUUUUCAUAUCCAAUGCAUCCACACCCUUUUCCCUGUUUGUUUUCACUUCUUUUCCUAAUCAAUAAUCAUGUUUACCAUGGUGUUCGACAAUACUGCACUUCUACUGUUCUUUGUUCCCUUUUGAAGUUCACUGAUUCAAAUCUGAUGUGGCAGGUAGGAAUAUUGAUGUCACUUCUGUGUUAGUAUACUAGCCAUGGUGUGUUUUAUUCAAGUUACUAACCAUAUCUCUUACAAAUUUGCCUUGAGAUGCUACAUGUUUAUAUGGCAUGAUUGAUUGCUGUUUGUGUAUGGUCAUUAAGAUUGUUUGUUGUUUGUUGAUUGAUUGAUUGAUUGUUGUUUGCUGUUUGUUGAUUGAUUGAUUGAUUGAUUGAUUGUUGUUUGCUGUUUGUUGAUUGAUUGAUUGAUUGAUUGAUUGUUGUUUGUUGAUUGGUACUCCUGAUCAUAGGUAACAGACCUUGCACUAUUCUUUUUUCUGAAUUUUUUUGUGAUUAUAGGUAACAGACCUAGACAAUGCAUUUCCACUGUUCCUUGUUCCCUUUUCAAGUUCACUUAUUCAAAUCUGAUGUGGAAGGUAUGAAUAUUGAUAUCACUUCUGUGUUACUCGUAUACUAGCUAUGGUGUGUUUUAUUCAAGUUAUUAACCAUCUCUUACAAAUUUUCCUUGAGAUGGUACAUUUUUAUAUGGCGCGAUUGAUUGCUGUUUGUUGAAUGUGAACUCGUAUCUUGAUGAAUAAUCAUUUAGGCUAACUUGGUCUUGGUAGUUCCUGAUCAUAGGUAACACCCUAUUACUUGUUUAGUGUAGACUGAUUAUUCUUUUUUUCUGAACUUUAUUGUGAUUAUGUCUUCACAUUACACUACUCUCAGAUCCAUAUCGACAUGCCCAUGUUGUCUGAUAAGGAUAAAGAUGUUAUGAAAAAUGGGGCGCUCCAAACAAGAUUGACUUCCUCUCUCUUUCUUAUACAAGGCAUGCAGAAGAGGCAAGCACGGGAGUUCCUCUCAAAGUUGGUUAUCUUAGCCAAAACUCUGAUUUUUGCCAAAAUUGAGAAUGUGGAGCCUGCUGUUGUUACUCGUGUUGUGGACAGUAUGACGGACAACCUAAGGCUCACUCGUUUGGAGGCAACUGACGUGUCAAACGCGGUGCUGGGCGGUAGUGAUGCCAUUCUCCUUGGUGCUGAGACUCUCCGUGGGUUGUAUACAGUUGAGACUAUUUCAACAGUAUGCAGAAUUGGUGCUGAGGCUGAGAAGGUCUUCAACCAGGAUUUGUACUUCAAGCGAACCAUGAAAUACGUGGGAGAACCCAUGACCCACUUGGAGUCUAUUGCUUCCUCUUCAGUGCGGGCUGCUAUCAAAGCUAAUUGCCAAGUACAGGUCCACCAUGCCGUUCCUCGUCUAAAAACAAAUCAAUUGAAGUGGAGCUUCACAAGCGCAUUUGAAGCAAGACAAUCACUCAUAGUUAGAGGCCUCUUUCCCAUGCUUGCUGAUCCACGUCACCUGGCUGAAUCUACUAGCACUAGAAAUGAAUCAGUGUUGAAGGUUACUCUUGACCACUGCAAAGCAUCCGGUGUGAUCAAGUCGCAUGGCUUACCUUAGCCAGAAUUUCUAUAAGAAUGUUGCUCAUGUUACAUGCCUUGCUUUCUCUAGAACGAAGAUCUGGAUCACCCUCGCCCCUCUAGAGAAAUCAGUUUACUCAUUCAAGUUCUGGAAAUUCUUUAUAGUUUUUUGAGUUACUUCGGUCUUGCAUAUAUUAGCUUUCUGUUUGUGCCCCUAUCUAUGUAUGUUUCUUGUGUGCAAGUGCUCCAAUCUGUGUGUGUGACUAUGGGUGGCUUGACUCUGUGUGUGUGGCUUGACUGUGUGUGUGACUCUGUGUGGCUUGACUGUCUGUGUGCUUGACUCUGUUUGUGUGACUCUGUGUGUGCUUGACUCUGUGUGUGUGUGAAUGUUGCAUUUGCUUGAUGGUGUGGCCUGUAUGCUUGAAUGUUUUUGUGUGACUCUGUGUGUGCUUGACUCUGUGUGUGUGUGUGAAUGUUGCAUUUGCUUGAUGGUGUGGCCUGUAUGCUUGAAUGAUGA